UUUGUAUAUUUUGGAAUCUGGAACCCGGAGGAAGGGGUAUAAAUACCGUCUGGCGCUCGAACAGCGAGUAUAUUCAGUUGCCUUCUUAAGUGAAAAACAUCUUGUUGUGUGUCACAACGUGAAACAGAAAGAUUCGAAAACCUUCAAAAUGCUCAAGCUGAUCGUUGCCGUACUCGCUCUCGCAGCAGUUGCCAGUGCCUUCCCAUCGGACCUAGAACAGACCGUACAAGUAAAUAAGGUAGCUUCUCCUGUUCCCGUGCAAGCUGCUGAUGGAGCGCCACAACCUGGCCCAGUUGGUGUUGCAGCCGAUGCCAACAAGGAAAGUUUAGAAAACGCUGAAACCUUUGGCUAUGGAUACUAUGGCUAUUAUCCUCGCUAUUACUACAGCAGCUACUAUCCACGGUAUUACGGAUAUGGCUAUGGAUACGGUCACGGAUAUGGAUACCCUCAUUACUAUUGGUGAAGACUUAAUCGGACUUAAAUAAAUACUCAAAACCAA